UCCAUGUGGUUGUCGUGAAUCUUUCACAGAAACAAAUAGAGUUUUGUUUUCUCUAAACACACUUUAUCUUAUAUUUCUUAUUCCAAAGGAAAAGCUAAACAAACUCCAAAACCAACAAACAGCCCCCACCACUACUAAUAUAAUCCAAUCAAUCCUCUGCCAAUUCGGCAUUGCCUUUUAAACCCCAAGUUUCUACCAAUUUGGCAUUGCCUUUUAAAACCCAAUUUUCUAUUAAUUACUUCACCAUUUCCAUUUCCAACUUGCUUUUUGAUUCCAAUUGCCUAAAAGAGAUCCAGAGAACAUUCGUCGAUGACCCAAUCAUCUAGCACAUGGCCCCACACUCACACUUCUUAUGCCAACUCAAAUCAGAUUGUUUCUCAUCCUCCACGUGUCACUCCCAAAACAAACGGCUAGAUUGUUGUCCACGUCUCCUAAGGGCCCCACGCUUCUUCAGACAGCUAAAGCCUAGGAAGAUGCAUAUCCUCAGUCUCAGACGACAUAACUCUUAUAUAUAUCCAUCUUCUUACUGCAAUAGUUAUUAAUAUUACUACAAAACCAAUAAAGAAAACAUGGCAUCAGAUCCAGACCUCCACUCACCGCUGCUGCAACCUUCGCAAUCUCCUCCGCCAUUAAAAGAAUCCGAACCAGAGAAGUUAACGAUCGACGACAUGCUCCAGAAGCACUGUGGUGAAUUCGGGUCGUGGCAAUUGCGACACUUUAUCCUAACAUGCCUUGCAUGGGCUCUUGAAGCUUUUCACACCAUGGUUGUGAUCUUUGCUGAUCGUCAACCGGAGUUCAGGUGUUUGGCUCCGGGUUGCCAGGUGACUGCCAAGAGUGUUUGUGGGUUUGAACCGGGUUCUUGGGAAUGGGUCGGUGGUCUAGGGAGUUCUACCGUGGCUCAGUGGGGUCUGGUUUGUGGUCAGAAGUUUAAGGUUGGCUUGGUUCAAUCCAUCUUCUUUGGCGGCUGCAUGAUUGGUGCUGGGAUAUUUGGUCAUCUCUCAGACUCUAUACUAGGAAGAAAAGGCUCUCUAACAGUAGUAUGCAUCUUAAAUGCCUUAUUUGGUUGCUUAACAGCAUUAGCUCCAGAUUACUGGACCUAUCUCCUUCUCCGUCUCCUCACCGGUUUCAGUACCGGAGGCGUUGGCCUCUGUGCCUUCGUCCUUGCCACAGAACCUGUCGGCCCUACAAAACGUGGCACUGCGGGCAUGUCCACAUUCUAUUUUUUCUCGUCUGGGAUAGCCAUGUUGUCAGGUAUAGCAUACUAUUUUCGUUCUUGGCGUGCACUCUACAUUGCCUCUUCUGUGCCUUCGAUUCUAUUCCUGGUCCUUGUUCUUCCUUUUAUCUCCGAGUCCCCACGAUGGUACCUUGUUCGGGGACGAAUCAAUGAAGCAAUGAAACUUAUGAGUACGAUUGCUAAAUCGAAUGGAAACCAUCUUCCUGAUGGAGUAAUCCUAGCACUUGAUGAAGAAGUUAACAACGGAACGAGAGAUGGCCAAAGUUGCAAGGAAAAAAUCGCAAAAAAAGAAGCAAUAGCAGGUUCUCUAAUAGAUGUAAUUCAAUCCCCAGUAACUCGAGUCCGUCUAUUCUUAACAGUGGCAAUAAGCUUCUUAUGUUCAGUUGUAUACUAUGGCCUUAGCUUAAACGUUGUAAACCUCGAUACAAACCUUUACCUCACUGUCCUGCUUAAUGCAGUAGCUGAAAUGCCAGCAUUCACUAUAACAGCAAUUUUGUUGAACAAGUUCGGAAGGAAACCAUUGGCAGUUGGAACACAAUGGUUCAGUGGACUGUUCUGCUUAACGGGAAGUUUGAUGGGAAGUGUUGGGAUAUGGAAAGUAACAAGGAUGAUUUGUGGGCUCUUGGGAAUAUUUGGUAUGGCAGGGACUUACAAUCUAUUGUUCAUAUACACAGCAGAGCUGUUUCCUACAGUAGUUAGAAAUGCUGCCCUUGGAUGUGCAACACAAGCAGCACAAAUGGGGGCAAUACUAGCACCACUUGUGGUGGUUCUAGGCGGUGGAUUACCAUUCGCCGUGUUUGCAGUGUGCGGGAUUAUGGGAGGAUUUCUUGCAUUUUACCUGCCGGAGACGUUAAAUCGGCCAUUAUACGACACAAUGACUGGAAUGGAGGAUGGAGAGAGUGGCUGGACAGUUGCUUAAGGGUGCUUCAUGUUGUGCAGACUUUACAGUGUGAAAAUUUACAAUUUUGCUUUCCCCAAGAGAAUGAGCAAUGCAAAGCAAGAUUCUAGAGAUGUGAAAUAGAAUUUGCAGUGCUCAGUUCUGUUAGGAUUGAUUGAUUGCUGACUUUAUCUCUAUUUGAUAACAUUUUAAGUAAUAGAUAGUAUGAAGUGCCCAAUUUGAAAAAGUCA